AUGAUUCAGCAAUUACUGGUAUUUCUUACUUUUUCAAUCCAUUGCUGUUAUGGAUGGCAUAAUGUAAUCCGGCCACAGCAGUCGCCUAAAACUACCACGGAGGAAUUGAAACCGUGGGUUCGUACCAUCUACGGUACCAAAGUUGAACUCGUAACACCAACUGUUAUAGCUGGAGUCACAUUCUCUGCUAAACCAGAGGAAACACCUGAUCCAUUGAAACCUUGGGUCUCUUUAAAGCAAGAAGGAUUGCCGGUAACCGUUAAACCAGAAAUUAAAAAAGGGCAUACCAUCCGAGCAUCGCCGGACUAUUCUACGUAUUUCAAGACUGCAAGUACCAGGACGUAUACCUAUGAAGAUUUAAAAGCUCACAAUAUGGAUCCGGGUGAUAUUCAUAAGGAGGUGAUGUUUGUUGACGAGGACGAUGCUUAUGUUUCACUAAAUCCUAUUAUUAGAUGCACACCUGAACGUUACUUUCACAAAGGAGAUGCCAAAGAUAUCCCAAGUGAGCCUUUCUGUACUCCAAUGGAGAACAAGGACUGGCAGGUUGGAAAAACCUAUUUCGUUAGUUGGUAUACUCGUUUCUUUAGAGAUGAAGUGAAGGAAAGCACAGUAGAGCAGGUCCGUGUUCAUUUAUCAUAUGUUCAAGAAACAGCUUACCAGAGAGGCUUUGCGAAGAGGGACAUUAAAGCAACUUUUUUUUCAAGUGAAUGGAUUGAUAAUAUAGAUGGUUUAUAUCCAAUUACUGUAGAUGAAGACUGGUUACAAGGAAAGCCAAGACGUUCAGUAGUAGUUUCCGUUCAACCAUCAACUGUAAGUGAUGAAGAGUUUAACCCAUUGGAAUUCGGGGUUUUAAUUAAGAUACUUCGGGGUUCCAAAGUAUUCAAGACGACCAAGGAAGAGCUGGCAUUACAGGAUGCUGGAAUACACCAUCGUCCGUGGUAUUAUGUAAUCUUAACGGUACCAACGAUUGUGGCAUUCACAAUUGCAGUGAUGUAUUUCCUUUCACAAUGUACUGGGAAAUAUAGGGACUUCAGUGAUGUAACAAGAAUGGCGUUGAAUAAGAAGCACAGGGUACUUGGGAAAAUUAAAGAUAUGAAACGGUUCAAGAAGAUCAAAAACCACAAAUAUGACGAACUGCCCAUACAUAGAAAAAGUGGCAAGCAGACUUAG